AAAUCUUAUUGCGACAUUUCCUGUUUUCAUCACAAAAAUUACUUUUAUUUUGAAUUAUUAAUUGAUUUACUUUAAUAUGACCAGGUUGAUUGAAUAGCAAAUAUUCUCGAAAGAUUCACCAGAAAUGGGUUUCAUUUAACUUACAAUAUUCUGAUUAUCGAUAGAUUAGUUCGCAUACAUUUAAUGUUCAUUUUGGGUGAUUGAAAUUAUCCUGCAUUAGCAUACCGUAGCCCAUUGAGAUUUCAUUUCCUAAUACUGUAAACAAGGACGACAUCACUAAUUACUAAAUAUUUUAUUCUAGACUUAACAAAUAGCCUGUGUUUGUCUUCGAGCCUUUUGUUUACUUUUGCCGGCAGCUGUACGAAUAGUUCAUUCUCGCUUGGUCACAACAAGAUAGCAAGAAAAUGAUUUGAAAAAGAAACAUUGAUUUCAUGUGCUAUUGUUUGGAAGCGAGGUAGCUCGAGUCCUCAGUUAAUCUACUGGAGAGGAAAUGUUUUGCUACAAGGAAGAAAAGCGAUGCAAUCGAUUAAACAACGUUCUGCGAAUCUGAACGGCUACACUGUUUACUAGCUGGGUUUGGAAAACAGAUAAAUCUACCAAAGAGCGAUUAUGCAAAGCUGUAACGAAGAGAACAUCUCAUUGGCAGCAGCCUGUGAAAGCUGCUUCCCUUUGAUGGCGUAUGUAUCUACUUUUACUGUCUUUUGUUCCAGAAUCCUGCUUUAAUACUGAGACGAAUUCAUUCAAAUAAUAUUUCACUCUACAAUAAAAUAUCGAAGCAGAGGCAGGGUGGAAUGGUGAAAGGUUGCAAUUUGGUCCCAAAUUUGCAACAGAUUGCUGCAUUGUCAUAUAAAAUUUAUCACCGAAGAUAGUGUCUCAUAUCUUCUUGCAACUUAUUUCACUUUCUGGUAAAUGAGGCUAUAGCUGACUGUUUGGUGGCGUAUGGACUAAAGUUGGUUUAUUUAAAAGCUAUGUUGGGUAAGCAGCUUUACCUAGUAUUCGAAGAUAAUGAACACAGAAAAAUCUUGUUGCCCUGUAAAAUUUAUUGGGAAAAAAGUAGAAAACUAUAGGCAUUUUCUGUGCAAAAGUACAGCACGUGUUCUUUACGGAACAGCAAAAGUAGCACGAGAGAUAUGGCAUUUGUUAUCUCCUUCAUACAAUAUCUUUCAAUUACUGUGUGCUCAACAGUUGUUAGUACAGCAGGUUCAACAAGAACUGGGACCGUAUUCAGCCACCUGAAAAAAUGCAACGCUAAUUUUACAGUCGUUGGUAUGUUCCCUUUCCAUAACGAUAAAGAUUCAAUUAACAGCUCUUGCACCAAUAUUCGUGAGACACUGAAUCCGUAUGGCAUUUUUGAAUCACUAGCCAUGGUCUACACAGUUAUUGCUAUAAAGAAAGAUGCAAAACUUUUACCAAACAUACCCCUUUCAGUCGACAUUUCGGACAGCUGCAAUAGCGUUAACGCUGUUACUAAGAAUUAUCUAGGCCUUGAUUUUGUCCGUCAAUUCUAUGAAGCUGGUGGGGAAAGAGAGGGAGUAGAACGGAACGAAAUUGCGAUCAUUGGUUCGACAACAACGGCGAUGGGGAUCAGUUUGUCCACAUUAUCUAACAUAUACAAUAUUCCAGUGGUCGGUUACUAUGCAACCUCACCUUUGCUUAGUAACAAGGAUCGCUUUAGGUCGUUCUUCCGGACGGUUCCAAAUGAUAAACUGUUCGUUCAGGCAUUGAUAGAAUUGUUAGAGAGGUCGGACUGGAAUUUGAUAACUGUAUUACACACUCAAACAGAUUAUUCUUCUUCUGCGUUCGGAUUAUUAUUGAGGGAACUGAAAAAACGCGAGCUAAAAGAGGAUUGGUAUAAAGAUCAAGUUUGUGUUGUCUCAGAUCAUCAAAUCAUUAAUACAAAAGACACAACAGAACUUGAUAGGCUAUUUGAUAAGAUUGCACGGAGAAACGAUGCAAAUAUAGUGGUGUUGUUACUACAUUGGGAAGAUUCCUACUCUGUCCUAACGCACGCGUUAAAACGGAAUAUCACGAGCAAACUUUGGAUUGUAUCCACCGAUUACCUUGCAGCUCAAACAUUAUACUGCCAGGAAAAAUGGAAAAUACUAUCUAACAGGAUUAUAACAAUACAGUUGAGGCAGGGUGGUGUAUCGAAGUUUAAUGAAUUCGUUCACGACCACCUGAUAAACAACACUAACACUGGACUACUGGAUUUGCUACCAAUUUCAAAAGAAGAUAUCAUGUAUGUGGUGAAGAAUAAAGCAAACUUUCUGGGCCAAAUUCCAGUCACAAUACCUUAUGUUAUUGAUGCUGUAAAGGCCGUUGCCCAGGCGCUUCAUCACACUCUUGGGUGUGAUGAAAGCAUAUGCAGAAAUUCUCAUUUAUUCAAUAAAAGUGGUCUGAUGGAAAACCUCUCUAAGGUAAACUUUACAUCACAGCUUGGUGAGCCAAUGUUCUUUGACACGAAUGGUGACACAAACGGCUCUUACGUCAUAAAAGGAUUUUCAAACAACGGGAAACAGUGUAAACUCUUUGACAUUGCUGAAUGGACCAGUACUGGCAAUUCGAGAGGUUUAAGAAUGCUUAACACAUCCAAAGUUGAGAAAUUUACUUCAACAUGCAAAGGAACAUGCCAAAAUGGCUACGGAAAAUAUACGCAAACCAAAAAUGGUUGUUGUUGGUCCUGCAUAAAAUGUAGUGGAAACGAAUACUCGUCAACGCCAACAGGCACAUGUGGACAAUGCUCUUCUAGGGAAGUUCCCGAUGAUAUGAAUUAUAAAUGCAUUCCUCUUACGAUAGAGAAGCUAGACUUUACAACAAGCUCAUUUGGUAUUGGAGUUCUGAGUCUUUCUGCACUGGGCCUUGUACUUGUUCUGCUUAUAUCCAUAAUAUUUGUCAUUCACAAAGACACGCAUAUGGUGCGAGCAUCGAAUAAGCUGGCGACUAGCAUUCUCCUAAUAGGAAUAGCACUCGGCUAUGCAGCUCCACUUGUACUAAUAAAGGCUCAAAAUGCAUAUCAGUGUGGCCUCUAUAUCUAUGUGCAUGGACUCUCCGUCUGUCUGAUGACUGGUGCUCUGUUCACAAAGGUUAAUCGUAUGUACAGAAUUUUCAGAAAGCAAGUUAUGAGAGAAGGAAAGCUGAAAUUUAUGACUGCGAAAUGGCAGUUAGCUACAAUACUCCUAUUUGUGGCUUUAGGAAUCAUACUUGCAACGAUUAUCGUCUUCAACCCCAAGGAACCAGUUAGAGUCAAGGAAGUGGUGGAAAAGGAAACCAAAUCUAUUAAAAUUGUUUGUGAAAUUAACUUUUGGAUUGAUUUCGCGGUAAUAUUCUUUGGACAAUGUUUCUACUUACUGUGCAGCUGUCAAGCUUUUCUUGCCAGGAAAGUUCCUGGGGAAUACAACGACAGUCGGUCAAUCUUUGCUAGCACCAUCGUAGUGACACUUGAAAACAUCGUGUGCAUUUCUUUACUGUUUUUCCAAGACCUAGGUACUAUAAACAAGAUUUCGAUGAGCAUUUUUGGCAUUCUCGGCGCAACAACAAUCCUUGUGAGUUUUUUCGGUUGGAAGGUUUAUGUGAUUUUGUUUCAGCCAGAAAUGAAUGCAGCAAAGUUGCCGCACGGGCGUCUGGGAACAUUUGGAUCGAUGAGAACAAAAAGGAAAAAGAACUUUCGAUCAACCGCCAAAUCCCAAGAAACUAUAUCGACGGACAUCAAACCGGAUGACAUUAGUAGUUUUUCUUCCAAGGAGGAUGUUUUCUAGCCAAACACGUGAUCAGACCAAGACAGCAUGUGCUUACAUGUUCCUUGGCAAACUAUUUCGACGGACAUCAAACCGGAUGACAUUAGUAGUUUUCUUCCAAGGAGGAUGUUUUCUAGCCAAACACGUGAUCAAGACCAAGACAGCAUGUGCUUACAUGUUCCUUGGCAAACUAUUUCGACGGACAUCAAACCGGAUGACAUUAGUAGUUUUCUUCCAAGGAGGAUGUUUUCUAGCCAAACACGUGAUCAAGACCAAGACAGCAUGUGCUUACAUGUUCCUUGGCAAACUAUUUCGACGGACAUCAAACCGGAUGACAUUAGUAGUUUUCUUCCAAGGAGGAUGUUUUCUAGCCAAACACGUGAUCAAGACCAAGACAGCAUGUGCUUACAUGUUCCUUGGCAAACUAUUUCGACGGACAUCAAACCGGAUGACAUUAGUAGUUUUCUUCCAAGGAGGAUGUUUUCUAGCCAAACACGUGAUCAAGACCAAGACAGCAUGUGCUUACAUGUUCCUUGGCAAACUAUUUCGACGGACAUCAAACCGGAUGACAUUAGUAGUUUUUCUUCCAAGGAGGAUGUUUUCUAGCCAAACACGUGAUCAAGACCAAGACAGCAUGUGCUUACAUGUUCCUUGGCAAACUAUUUCGACGGACAUCAAACCGGAUGACAUUAGUAGUUUUUCUUCCAAGGAGGAUGUUUUCUAGCCAAACACGUGAUCAAGACCAAGACAGCAUGUGCUUACAUGUUCCUUGGAAUGCCAACGAGGUUAGUACAUGGAAAGUACAGCAAUGUUGAUUGUGCCAUAUACGGAUAGACGGAUGCAGCAAAGAUAUCAAGGCAAGCGGAAUAAAAGCCAUAUGACUGUCCAUAUUAUGCAUCUAUGUACCAUUCUUUGGCUCUUUCUUAACGAACUGGUACAGAAAAAUGUCCAUCUAGCAUUUGACUUGUUCAGAAUGUAUUUACCGUCAACUGUUAAAUGUAACAAUGGAAAGCCAUACAUUUCUACAUCAUAAUCAACACAGUUUCGGUACAGCAAAAGUGAUCACAAAAACUCUUGACAGUUGUGAGUCUAUCACAGAUUUCUGAGCCAACAAUGCUAGAGGUAUUUUGAUUACGACACGAGAAAAGCUAUUUGAUAUGGAGUAACGCACGAUUUUUCUAAAAUAACAGCAAUGUUUGCUAAUUGAUAGGUCAUUACAAAAAUCAUUCAUCACAAAAGCAAAUGCGUUAUCUGUGCUACAUUAAGACACUGGUGCAGCUAUUUGAGUGUUAUAUAAUUUUGUUGCAUACAAAUAAUUCUACUUGAGACUGUGUUAACUAUGUAUAAAUUUGGUAAGGCAUAGUGCAUGACGGGAAAAAAUAACUACAAAGCUCCA